CGUGUCUUCCUCGUCUGCGCGCCACAUUUGAGUUGAUGUUUUCUUGAACGGCUUCACUUCUCUGCCGUAAAAGCCACCAAAUAACCAUGGAUUUACAAGGUUUCUUCACAUUAUUUGGAUUGUUUGGAUAAACCUAAAGUACCAGGAUCCUGUUGAAUAUCAUUUGUGUACAGGAAAAGGCUUUGAAACAAUAUUCUUCUCAAUGGAAAGUUGACAAACUAUCGAGAAGCUUCGAGUUCUUUGGGCGAGGAACUUUACAUUCCUUUGACAUUCUUCCGAUAAUUACAUCAUUGUUUUGUCUUUCCUUGUUUACUGACAUCAUUUGUUCACCCACACRAGCCUAAUUUUAAUCUUAAAACACGAUAUUCUUGGGUGUAGAACUGUAAAGGAGUUGGUUAAGGUUCGCRUGAGAACCUGUCUUCGUCGAAUCGUAAAUUAUACCCAAAAAAGUUAAUUUUCACUAGUUGGCUUUAUUUGUUUACUAGACUUCAUGGUUCACAUGGCCGUAACACCGAACUUAAAAUCAAAAGUAGAUGAGUUAUUUCUACGGUGGCUUUCGAUGCCUGCAACGCAAAGAAUUCUCCGCGAUGACUUGAACAAGGUGAUCGAAGGUCGUCCUAUCUCUCCCAAAUGUUUACUUUCACCAGGUCCGGGGGGAGGUGCUCGAUCUGUUUCCCCCCCAGCACCAUCAUCAUCUCCAACACCAGUGAGAUCACCAAGAAGCCCUAGAGACUUUCGAUCGCUCAGAAAAUCGGGCGCUAAGAGUGGUCCGCCUCGAUCACCAGAACCUGAACGRCAUGAUUCGAGUAAGAAUCAAAUGAAGGAUAAUUCGCAGUCGCUCGAUGACAAACAUGGAUCAAUAAAGAUAUCCCCUGGAUCUGCUGCUAAAAUCCCAAAAUUCUUCUUUCCUUAUGGCAAACCCCCAUCUAGCUCCGCAGAAUCGGAUCUAACUAUAAAAAAGGUUGCUCAAGUUUUUAACAUCUUUGAAGAAGGAAAAAUCACCAAGGCUCAGUUUGCCACAGUUACGAAGGCAUGUAAUCUUCCUCUCUACUGGAAAGAACCUUUGUUUUCGGCAGCAGGGGGGAAUAAAAGUGGCUAUGUUACCCUGUCUAUGUUCAUCGUCAUGUGGAGAAGGUUGACAUCCACUUGUUUUGAUGAUGCUUCAAAGUUUGUAUUUUUAAUGUCUCCCAAGCCUUCUAAACCUUAUCUAGAAUCUGAAGACUUCGUACCUCUUAUUCAGGAUAUUGUAAAUACUCACCUUGGUCUCACGUUUUUACAAGAUGCUCCAGAGUUUCACUCCAGAUAUGUACACACUGUUAUAGCAAGAAUAUUCUACAAUGUAAAUAGCUCAUGGACUGGAAGAAUUACAAUUUCAGAACUUCGACGCAGUAACUUUUUAGAGGUUUUAGCAUCUUUGGAAGACGAGGAAGACAUAAAUGAGAUUGUAGACUAUUUUUCAUAUGAUUUUUACGUUAUCUAUUGUAAAUUCUGGGAACUUGAUGCAGACCAUGACUUACUAAUUGACGAAAAGGAUCUAGCAAAGCACAAUAACCAUGCCAUUUCAUCCCGCAUGGUAAAAAGACUGUUUUCAGGCACAGUAACUAGGGGGAAAACAUGUCUUGACGGCAAAAUGACCUACCCUGAAUUUGUCUGGUUUUUACUUUCUGAGGAAGACAAGAAACAUCCAAGAAGGAAUGUCAGGUGGUCUGAAGACAUGGUAAAACCAGCUCAUCAAGAUAAGAUAACUCUCGGUGAUCUUCGUCGAUGCAAGAUGGCCCAUAUAUUCUAUAACACAUUCUUCAAUCUCGAUAAAUACAUUGAGUUUGAACAGAGAGACCCUUUUGCCACAGCAAAGGAAACUGAUGGGGAAACUUCGCAGCAGUCUGAUUGGGAACGAUAUGCACAAGAAGAGUAUGAACUGCUUGUCGCAGAAGAAGGAGCCAAUGAACAAGGAGAUGGAUAUGAAGAUGACUUUGAAAUUGAGGAUGAAGACUUACUAGAUGAGGAACUACUCUCAUUCAAGGGGAUGGCAGGUGGAGAGGAAAACAGUCCAUGGAGUAUYGUUACUGGCUUGUCAGAAGAAAAAUCUAARRAUGAUGAUGACAUUGAUAAUGAURAUGAUGAAGAUGAGUAAGACAAGUACUAAUUCCUUUAAAGUGGAAAUAUCUGGAUAGCUUGUACUGUACUCUACAACGAAGUGGGCAUUCAAAGAGGACAUAGGAAACAAUGUAUAUGGAUUUUGUCUUUUUUGCUGAAUUCAAAUUACCGCCACAAAGGACUGAAUCUGUAUGACAGAUAACGUCUUCCAUACCAUUACAAUGCCUUUUUGAAACAAAUAACAAGAAAUGAAGGCCUCCAUAUGUCCUCGUGUUAGGUUUUAGGUCUUGUUUGACCAUAAAUACAAUGAGCAAAUUUCAUGAGUGAGGACGCUAAAGUAUUUUAUAUUCAUGGUUAUGCUGUGGACAUUUCAGUAUUGACACGCACUGUACUGGAUAUAUAAUAGUUCCAUACUUUGCAGUUAUUAUGGUUUUACAUCCAUACAAUCUGAUCCGCACAAAUGAGCCUGUAAAUACAGAGAAGUGUAUUUCUGAGGGUGUGUAUCUAUAGUGUCGGCAACAAGUCUUUUCUUUCACAUGAGAGAAAUAGACUGUUUGCCCUAACUCUAAGGUGACCCGACUUUUAUGUACAUGUAAAUGGGGCUAACUCGUUUUCACAGCAAUCAAGAAAUGCUGUAAAUAAUCUUAAUGUAACAUUGUUUUGUUCACAAAAAUUUCUUUAGUAUAUAAUAUAUAAUCAGGUUCAUAAAAAA